ACAAGGAAACGGUGCAAGGCUCACUCGUGACGUCAUUUCGGCGCGACCCUCUUCUUGGCGUAGAGUUUUCAGAUUGCUCUUGGGAACCAUGCCGAAAGUAGUGUCUCGGUCAGUAGUCUGCUCUGACACUCGGGACCGGGAGGAAUAUGACGACGGCGAGAAGCCCCUCCAUGUUUACUACUGUUUGUGCGGCCAGAUGGUCCUAGUGCUGGACUGCCAGUUAGAGAAAUUGCCCAUGAGGCCCCGGGACCGGUCCCGUGUGAUUGAUGCUGCCAAACAUGCCCAUAAGUUUUGUAACACAGAAGACGAGGAGACUAUGUAUCUGCGGAGACCUGAAGGCAUUGAACGACAGUACAGGAAGAAAUGUGCAAAGUGUGGACUGCCGCUCUUCUACCAAUCCCAGCCGAAGAAUGCUCCUGUUACCUUCAUUGUGGAUGGAGCAGUAGUCAAGUUUGGCCAGGGGUUUGGGAAAACGAACAUAUAUACUCAGAAACAAGAGCCUCCUAAGAAGGUGAUGAUGACCAAACGGACCAAAGACAUGGGCAAGUUCAGUUCUGUCACUGUGUCUACCAUUGAUGAAGAGGAAGAGGAGAUUGAGGCUAGGGAAGUUGCUGACUCAUAUGCACAGAAUGCCAAAGUGAUUGAAAAACAGCUGGAGCGCAAAGGCAUGAGCAAGAGGCGACUGCAAGAGCUGGCUGAAUUGGAAGCCAAGAAAGCAAAAAUGAAGGGGACCUUGAUUGACAACCAGUUCAAAUAACCAGGCCUUUUUCUGAGCCCUAGACUAGAGGCAAGCAUUUAGAUCAGGAGGCAAAGUAAUUUCUUGAUUACAUAGAUGGACUUCUAUUUAUGUCUUAGCAGAAGGCUUUGCGUUGUUUCCCAUUGAUUCUCCUACAUUCAGUGAGGUCUUUAACUGAGUCCAUUUAACUUGUUUUCUUUUUUUUUUCUUCGAGACUGAGUCUUGCUCUUUUGCCCAGGAUGGAGUGCAGUGGCGUGAUCUCGGCUCACUGCAACCUCCGCCUCCCAGGUUCAAGCAGUUCUCCUGCCUCAGCCUCCUGAGUAGCUGGGAUUACAGGCGUGUGCCACCAUGCCUGGCUAAUUUUUGUAUUUUUAGUAGAGACGGGUUUCACCAUGUUGGCCAGGCUGGUCUCGAACUCCUGACCUCAAAUGAUCCACCCACCUUGGCCUCCCAAAGUGCUGGGAUUACAGGAGUGAGCCACCAUGCCCAGCCUUGCCCUGCUUUCUAGGAGAUGGAGUUUUUUGAAUUUUUCUGUAUUUAGGUUUUCUGUACUAUUUUUUGUCCACUUGAUGCAAACUUCUUCAGCUAUGUAGAAACUUUAUGAAUAGAUCAGUGCUUGAGUGUCUCCAGUCUCUAAAGUGGCUGCUUUUACUCUUUCUUCAAAGUUAAUAACAUGUUUCAAGAUUUUUGGACAAAAUAUUAUGGUGUGUCAUAGAAAAAGCACCAUGAAUUAUAUUUAGGUACAGCAAGUCAGAUCCUUUGAAGUGACUCUGUCUCUGUUCUUAGAAUGAUUCUUGGAAUUGGCUGUGGUUUGAAUCUUUCUACUGUCAGAGGAGACCCAUUAAAAGCCAGAAUCUGCAUAAA